AUGUCCGCUGUCGAAACGAUCACUCGGCCUACUCAGCCUGAUAUUGAGUAUCACCCCGACUUCGCAAAAUACCAGGAACGAAGGCGUCUUCGACUUGAAUCUGGAAAUCUCCAAACUAGUGUGCCGACUGGAUUUCCGUCCGAGCUGGUUUCUCCUCUUGUUUGGGAGGGGAAGGAUGUUGAAAAGCGGAGUGACUGGGCUUACCAGUUGAAUGAUAGUCAGCUUGAUGAGAUUGACGCUGCCUUGCAUAGCUUUAAAGCUCUCAACAAGCCGUUCGGUUAUAUCAAACAGACCACGUUCCCUUUACCAAACCUUCAUCCGGUCCUGCGAGAUCUUUCUAAAGAAAUCCACAAUGGCCGAGGAUUCUUUGUAUUACGGGGACUGCGCAUCGACAGCUAUUCUCGGGAAGAGAAUAUAAUCAUCUACACUGGUGUUUCAUCCCAUAUCGGAAGCAUACGUGGUCGCCAACAGGACACACGCCUUCAAAACGGAACCUCCCCGGUGAUAUCACAUAUUAAAGACAUCAGCAACACCGUUGAGAGGGAGAAAAUUGGCGCACCUUCGAAUACAGCCGAUAAGCAAGUUUUCCAUACUGACGCAGGAGACAUCAUCUCUCUUCUUUGUUUGAGUCCUGCGGCCGAGGGUGGUGAAAGCUAUCUUUCCAGUAGCUGGAAUGUUUACAAUAUUCUGGCAAAAGAGAGGCCUGAUCUACUCCAUACUUUGUCUCAAGAUUGGCCAGUCGACGGGUUCAACAAUCCAAACAAGCCCUACACUCUUCGGCCUCUUUUAUACCACCAGCCAGCAACGCCAGACACCCCCGAGCGUGUACUUAUUCAAUACGCCAGGCGUUACUUUACAGGGUUCAAGGCCCAGCCUCGAUCAGCCGAUAUUCCUCCAAUCACAGAAGCCCAAGCAGAGGCACUCGAUGCGCUACACUUUCUAGCAGAGAAGCACAGCGCAUCCUUGAAUUUCCAGAAGGGCGAUAUUCAAUACGCCAACAAUCUUAGUAUCUUCCAUGCUCGCAAUGGAUUCAAAGAUGCGCCUGGAAAAGAGCGACAUUUGCUCCGACUUUGGCUACGUGACCCAGAAAACGCCUGGGAAACCCCAAAGCCACUGCAGCAUCGUUGGGAUACGGUUUAUAAAGAUGUAACCGAGGAUCAACAGGUCUUCCCCCUGGAGCCGAUUCUUCGAAAGAAUGUGGGGGUCUUAGAUGCCCGCAGUGAAGAGAGGCGUUAUUUGGGCAUGAAACAAUAUGUAUUAAGGUUCCUUGGUGGAGCAUAA